GUCCCCCUACGGAGACGGUCAUGGUCACGGCGCCUAUGGCUUCCGGCGGCUCGGAGAUUGACAUGUCAAUCCACCAGACGGCAUUCACAUCAUCCACUUCGAAAGACCACGAUUCUCAUGCGCACGUAAAUGGGCACUUGGUGAAGGUUUCCAACCCUCUCGGCCGCGUGGCGGUGGUGCCCCCACUUCCUGGCGGUUGUGGAACAAUUGCUUACGUGCCAGACACAGCGAGGUUGUACAAUCCUAGUUGUAUCUUGGCCACUGACGCCGGGUAUUACAAUUUGAUCGACACGUUCCAGUGCAUUGGCAACGUCGUGAGUGACGGCAAGAUCCAUUACACUGAGCCCAUGAAUACCACCAACGUGAAUUUCGGAGUCCUCAAGAACGGUAGCUUCGUCAUUGGUUACAUUUCGCCAGAGACCGUAGAGACUGGGAUUUUUGAGCACUUGGUGGGUGGACUUGGCUGGAUCGUGCGUAACGGAUCAAACAACGUGGAUGCCGGGUGGGAGGAGGCCUAUACCGCUGCGGGCUCGAGCGGGGACGAGUAUAAAGAAAUGACGUCUGGGCGAACCACUAUCGGUUGGGACAAGGAUGGUGGGCUCAUCCUCCUCCAGUAUGAUGGUCACACGGGCGCCCCGUCUUGGGGCGCGACAAUGAAUGAGCUGGCCGAUAAGAUGAUCAGUUUCGGUGCCGUCGAGGCGAUCAAUCUGGAUGGCGGCGGCAGCACCCAGAUGUGGAAGCACGGUGUGCAGAUCGGCUACAGCUCAGAUCGCGCCACUUACGGUGUGCUAGCCGGGACUUACGAGGUAGGUUGCCCCAUCGGCGAGGGAAAGGGCAACCUCAGUGCUUUCGAGUGCGCGCGCAAAGUCAGCACAAUCAUCUGCAUCCACGAGGACAACAGCGGUAUCAGGUCGUUCCUCGGCCCCGCGAGCAUGCAGGCGGCCUCGCCGGUCUCGGGCCUGUCGCUUGCCACCCUGGUCAUCGGAUUGGGCAUUGGCGGUGCCGUCGGCUUUGUCGCCCAGAAAAUGUGGAGCAAGAAGAAGGGUCAAGGCGCCCAGGAGCUGAGCGAGGACGACUCAGAGUGA